CCCACUUCACAAGCUCGGCUCAUCCAGCGAUUGGGGGCACGGACAGACGCGUGCCACCACCACCACCACCACCACCACCACCACCACAGAGGACCUCCUGCAGAUACACCCCUCGUCACCUGCCUUUCACUCACUUCAUCUGCUGCUGCAACACUCGACAGGAUGACUCCCAAGACCGAGUGCUCUCCCGUGCAACUCAACAGCGAGGGGGAGCAGUACUUUGCGCUCUCCGACGAUGACUCUCACAGUCUCCUGUCCCCAGACGCCGCCACCACCCCGGAGGACUGCUUGGCCUCUGGGGACGAAGUCACGGAAGAACGGUUCGCCAAGUGUGUCACUGAGGCGGCUCCAAAGAAACGGAAGGCGAGAGGCCGCACAAGAGUUAAGACCGAAGCCGUGGUGACCAAACAGAAGAGGAACCGGAGAAUGAAAGCCAACGACAGGGAGAGAAACCGCAUGCACAAUCUGAACGACGCCUUGGACGCCCUCCGCAGCGUCCUGCCCACCUUCCCGGACGAUGCCAAGUUGACGAAGAUCGAAACGUUGCGCUUUGCCCACAACUACAUCUGGGCAUUGACAGAAACCCUGAGGAUGGCAGACCAGGGCGGUAGCCAGGCUGCCGAGGAGGCGAGCAAAGAACAUUUCUACGACUCUUCCAGCAUGUUAGAGCUGUCCAGCCCCGCCAGCGUGUGCUCCUCCUCGGAAUGGGACUCCUCGUACUCCCCGGUGUCCCGCAGCAGCAGCAGCAGCAGCAGCAGCAGUCUGAGUCCGGACGGUUCAGUGGAGGAGAUGUUUCCUUUCAUGCAGUCCGAGAACAUGAGCUGCGGUUCCCGCUUACAAAGCAACAUCCUGCACAGUCCUGCCUUUGCGAAUUAUAUCUGAGUUUAAUUCACGCACGUAUAGUUUUUUUUUUAACGGCCACAUGUCAGAAAUGUAACUGUGUAGUUACGGGUUGUGCACUGCACAGAUCGUAGGAGGGAUAUAGCUGUUUAUUUUUCUCUAGGGUGGGGUGGGGAACAUAGUACUGUAAUACUUCCUUACUUUUACUUGCCUUAUUGCUCUGAAGCACAUCUACUCUCUGUAUGCACUUUUCAAGCUGUUAAUCGAGACUAAUUUAGACUGUGAGCGUGCGUGUUGGAGGGGAGGAAGAGUUGUGAACAAAACCCCCUCAGUGCUAGGUUAGAAAGACAUUGUAAAAUCAGUAGGCUUCUGAAGAAAGAAUAGACCGUGCAAAUUGUUAUUGAUGGCUGCAGAAAAGCUGCAGGAAUUGCAAGAAAAAAAUCUCAUGCAUUAUUAAUUAAUUCGGUCUG